UAUUUGGCCCAGUCCACAAUGUCCACCUCGUCGCCAUUACCCUCGUCGUCACCUGCGUCAUCGCGCGCCGCGAAUGCCACACGCCCAAGUCCCACAGCGCAACUGGCUUUCCUGGUGCAUUCGCCCGAAACCGUAGCAAACCACAUGCCUCCAGAUGUCGACAACAAGGCCCUCGCUCGACAAAAGCGACGACGAACCAGGUAGGCUGAUUCUUUCCAUCUCUUCGUGUUGCUUCUCCCAUCCCAACCAUGCUGUUGACCGCGGUCGACGCGCUGGAACGUGCCCUCGCGCCGCGCCGUCUCUCGGCUUACCCCGCGACAAGCCACCACGCAACCUCGCAUCAUCCAUCGCUGACCACGACAUCUUGCAGCAAAGAAGACGAAGACGUUCUAAAAGCUGAAUAUUUAAACAACCCAAAGCCAGACAAGGCCGCUCGCCUAGAGAUAGUACGCAAAGUCGCCCUUGGCGAAAAAGAAGUGCAGAUUUGGUUUCAGAAUAAACGCCAGAACGACCGCCGUCGAUCGCGGCCUCUUGAUUGCUCGUCGAACGCGUCGCUCAUGUCUUCCUCAUCUACCAUGUCUGACCCACCAACUGAAGACGAGACGGUAGCGCGUGAUAUCGGGAACGCGUUAGACCAAAAUGAGCCGGAUGAAUGUCCCAAGUCCGACCCACCAGAGCAAGCGGCGACACCUGAACUCACUUCAGACGAAACCGUACAAGAGUCGCCUACUCAAGAGGCUACCGAGUCCGCCAAGUCCAAUGUUCACGUCACGGCUGAAGCAGUAGUCGAACCAUGUACUGCAUCUCAAACCGCCGACAGCGCGCCAACCGAGCCGAGCCAUCCCCACACUGCACCGUCUUCCCAAGGUACUGCACAGCCACGCACAUCUUGGAUAUCGAACCGUCGAAGUGCAUCCUUUGUACGAUAUAGCGAGGACUACGCGUCCGAAGUCAUCACUUUCCCCAAUGCUCCUUCAAAACCAGCCGAGUCGCCCGAGACGGCCACGUCUGCCUCGCGCCCGUUAAAACGCGCACACUCCUUUGUACGCAUAUCUACUAAUGAAGACGGCACAGCCCGCAUUGUCACAGACCUCGACAAGACCCCUUCGCCGCCCCAUGCGAAGACCAACCCGUCUAACUUCUCCCGUGCUGCUGCCGGUCUUCGGAGGAGCUAUAGUGCAGCUGGCUUGAAUGAGCGAUUAGCUGCUGCUGCACGAGGCGAGCCGAGUCCUAAGAUGCCCCGGACCUCGUCGAACAUGGGUAGGAGCAGAGAUAGCCGCGCUUGGGAAUUUUGGUGCGAUCCAGAUAGUCGAUCCUCUACGAGUUUGACAACACGAGCAGAGCAAGAGGGAAGCGGAAGCGCGGCAGAUGCCAUCGGGAUACUUCGUGCGAACCGAAAGAUAUUAGCUCAGAACCAGGCGCGCCAGAACACGCCUCUUAUUUCACGACAUGGGUCACACAAGGUUUUGGGCAGCCCAGGUGUGAAGAAGUCUCGUGGCUCCAUGCAACGUGCCUCUACCAUCAGCGGCCGUUUCUCGACCAAGGAGUACAAGAAGAGUGGUGACACAACCGAGUCAGACGAGUUCCCAAGCACGGAAUCCGACAAAGAGAAUUGGGAACCUGAUGUUCCGAAGUCGGUACGCCGGGACCGUGAUGUCGCCACCACACCUCCAGCCUCUCGAGCAGCACGUCAGAUACUGGGCGAGAACACGGAUCUCAUGUCGCAGACCUCGAGUCUUGGUGCCAUGUUGGCACGGGAGAAGCGUAAGGGUAGGAAGACAGAUAUCGACCCGGAGAAAGAUGAUGAGCUGAGGCAGUUCAUGAAUGGUGAUGGCUUGAGCGAACGGACGAAUUUGAGUUCGGCUGAAGAGGCGGGAUGCGUCGAGGGCUUGCUAAAGCUCAGUCAAGGCCAGUGGAAAUGACCGUCGUAAGAUGGUCUUGGUAGGAGUGCGUGUUCACCACCUUAUCACGAUGCGACGCACUCCGUAAAAUCUAUUCUUCUUCUUUUAGU